UAUCUUCUGCAUUUUCAUUAAUAAAGGACCAAAGUGAUGGCGAUGGGGGUAGGGAGUUUGAAAGAGGAAUAUGGAGAGACAAAAGAAAGAAGGAAACAGAAGUGAGAGUAGAGUGAGGUGAAGUCAAAUCACUAUGCACAAACUUAAAACCCCCCAUCAAAUCAGCCAAAAGAAAACGCAGCAGCAAAUCCGGUAAAAGCCAUACCAAAAAAGCUCGCCGCCUGUAAAGAAAACCCACAGCUACCCCUCUCCAAAUCUCAUUAGUCCCUUUCCUUCUUCUCCUUCUUCCCGCUUCGCCGCCAUUGCUGAGCUCCCCACCGUUUUUUUUUUGCAUUUUAUUGAAUGUGGGUGUUCAAUGUUACCCAUCAGACCCAGAAGAGGAAAAAGCGAAGAAGUUUGGCGUCUUCAUGGACUGAGCUGCUGCGGUGCAUGGACUGUUGAUCUUUGCGAUUAUACUUUGAUUUCGUGGCGAUUCUAGCUCAAUCCCAGAUCUAUUGUAUCUAUCCUCACAAUCAGUGAUUCAGAAGCCGUAUGAAUUGCUUGUUUAAGAGCGAGCUUUCUGUGAAGAUCGGAGCGGGAGUAUUUUUGAGUUAGGGUUUGGGAUGGAGGGGCGGAUGAAAAAGUACCGUCCUUUGAGCCCGGAGAGAGCCAAAGUUUGGACGGAGAAAUCUCCAAAAUAUCGGCAGAAACAGCAGCCCCGGAAGGAGCAGGAAAGUAGUAAUAAUAACAGAGUUGCUGUGGUGUAUUAUCUUUGUAGAAAUCGGCAGCUUGAGCAUCCCCAUUUCAUUGAAGUCCCUCUUUCUUCCCCAGAUGGCCUCUACUUGAGAGAUGUAAUUGAGAGGCUUAAUGUUUUGAGGGGCAGAGGCAUGGCUUCAAUGUACUCUUGGUCUUGCAAGAGGAGCUAUAAGAAUGGGUUUGUUUGGCAUGAUCUUUCUGAAGAUGAUCUCAUUCUUCCUGCUCAUGGUAAUGAAUAUGUUCUCAAGGGUUCAGAACUCUUGGAAGAAUCUAAUUUAGGGAGCUUCAGCCCUGGAAGAAACGUUAGAUUUCAAAACCCAAAACUGCUACCCGAACCGCCAUCUGCUACAAGCCAAGAUGAUUCUUCGUCAUCUUCCAGCAUGAAUGGCGGGAGAGGAACAAAGCCUUCUCAGGACGAUGAACUUUCUCCCCCGGUUGAACGUCCCAAUUCAUCUGCUGUGUCCCCCGAGUCUGGGAAAAAUUUCUCGUGGAAUGGUUCGUUAAGCUUGGCAGAGUACAAGGUGUACAAGAAUGAUGUCUCUGCUGAUGCUUCCACGCAGACAGAAGAAAAUCCGAGCAGAAACAAUAGUGUUCGGGAGACCUGCACCCGAGGCGUUUCAACGGACGAUGGAUCUCCCGAGCCUGAAAGUAACGGGGGAAACGACAGCCAGCACGUUUUACAGAUAAAAGAAUCGUCCGAGAUUUGCAAAGAGGCGGCAGUUUCACCGCCUCCGUCUACAUCUAGUGUAUCAUCGGGUGGCAGAACCGAUACCUUGGAGUCUCUCAUUAGAUCCGAUAUCAGUAAGCUCAACAGCUUUAGAAUCCUCGAAGAGGAGGAAUUCCGAGUGCCCACAACAAAACUCAAGCCUUCGAAUAUGUUAAUGCAAUUAAUCUCCUGUGGUUCCAUUUCGGUGAAGGAUCACAGUUUUGGCCUUAUCCCAAUGUACAAGCCGAGAUUUUCGCAUUCCAAAUUCCCAUCCCCACUAUUCUCAACCUCAUUAACCUUGGGAGAACUCGAUUGCCUGACCGAAAAUCCUAGACUAAUGGGUCUGAGGUUAGAAGAUAAGGAGUAUUUCAGCGGGAGUUUGAUCGAGACAAAUGUGCCCAAAGGAGUAGCUGUUCUUAAACGGUCAUCAUCAUUUAAUGCUGACAGGACUAAUAAGCAGAUUGAUCCAGUCGAAGACAAAGAGGAUGUAAGCUCGACAGGCUCAAAGUGCAUCCCCCGAGCAAUCAAGGUGUCAUUGAGUAAGCAUCCAAGAAGUGAAUCAAUGAGAUCUCCAAUUUCCGAGGGUCCAAGAAUCUCAUCCGAAGGAUCAUCAGAGAACCCACAAGCCAUCACAUUUGACACGUCAACAGGAGGAAGCAGGAGAAUCACGGAGCCUACCUCGGGAAAGAAACAGUCAAAGAGAGCCGAAUCUUUCAGGGAGGAGGGGAACGUGAUCAAAAUUGAAGAAAGGCUUGCUUCAGGAGCUCGGGUUAUAAUACAGUCAAAAGGAUCUCCCGACAAGGAGGAUAUCCCAGCGUGAACUUUGAACAAUUUUGAAGGCCGCACCAGUUUUCUUGCGGGGAAUCAGUAAACUACACUCAUUUGCAACUGAAUCAACAUUUCUUCAUUGUAAAUCUAUGUAAAAGAUGAAAACUUGAAGCAGAUUGAGUAUCUGAUGAUACUUGGAUGGUAAAAUCCUUAGGUUUUGGACUUCACUUCUUUAAUAGUAUAUGCACCACAAUUAAUGGUUCCAGACUCUCCCUCCCUGCUAGAUUUAGGUAGCCAAAAUGGUUGUUGAAUUGGUACUUUAUUUACUGGAAAUUAUAUUGUGAUGAUUCACACGAUACUUCA